CCUCCGCAGCCGGCGAGGUCACGAUGGGCUCGUUAAGGCGGCAGGUAGGCAGUGCCCCCGCGGUGGCGGCAGGCGGUCCUGGAAUGUGCGAGGGGCGUGAUGACAGCGACUGCCGCCGGCCUCUUUGCGCAACACCUUGGCUAUAUAUACCCGGGGCGAAGCUGCUCUCCACCUGGGCGCCUCCUGCAGUCCCUCACCUGCGAAGGAAGCGCUGACCAUGGCUCCUUGGCCAGAGUUGGAAAAUGCCCAGCCCAACCCCAAUAAAUACAUUGAAGGGACCUCAGAUCCACAGUCCUCCACGCUAGCCAAGGACAAGGAGCCCAACAAAAAUGACAGUGGCACUCCUGUACCCAAGAUCGAACUUCUUCCUUCUUACUCCACGGCGACCCUGAUAGAGGAGCCCACUGAGGUGGAAGAUCCAUGGGACCUGCCUGAGCUCAGGGACACUGGGAUCAAGUGGUCAGAGAGAGACACCAAAGGAAAAAUUCUUUGCGUCUUCCAAGGAAUUGGGAAGUUUAUUCUGCUCCUGGGCUUCCUCUACUUGUUCGUGUGCUCCUUGGACGUCCUCAGCAGUGCCUUCCAGCUGGUUGGGGGAAAGGUGGCAGGACAAUUCUUUAACAACAACUCCAUCAUGUCCAACCCUGUGGCGGGUCUGGUGAUCGGGGUGCUGGUGACCGUCAUGGUGCAGAGUUCCAGUACUUCCUCGUCCAUCAUCGUCAGCAUGGUGUCCUCCUCAUUGUUGACCGUGCGGGCUGCUAUCCCCAUCAUCAUGGGGGCCAACAUCGGGACAUCCAUCACCAACACCAUCGUGGCGCUCAUGCAAGCAGGAGACCGGAAUGAGUUCAGAAGGGCUUUUGCAGGGGCCACAGUCCAUGACUUCUUCAACUGGCUGUCUGUGUUGGUGCUAUUGCCUCUGGAGGCCAUCACCCACUACUUGGAGAUUCUGACUAACCUUGUGGUGGAGACUUUUAACUUCAAGAAUGGAGAAGAUGCCCCAGCCCUUCUGAAAGUCAUCACAGAUCCCUUCACCAAGCUCAUAAUCCAGCUGGAUAAAAAUGUUAUCCAACAAAUUGCCAUGAAUGAUGCCGCAGCUCAAAACAAGAGUCUGGUCAAGAUUUGGUGCAAAACUUUGACCAACGUGACUCAGAUGAAUGUCACUGUCUCCUCACCUGAGAACUGCACCUCCCCUUCCCUCUGUUGGACAGAUGGCAUCCAAACCUGGACCAUCAAGAAUGUGACCCACAAGGAGAAUAUUGCUAAAUGCCAGCACAUCUUCGUGAAUUUCAACCUUCCAGAUCUUGCUGUGGGCAUCAUUUUGCUUGUUGUCUCCCUGCUGUUCCUCUGUGGCUGCCUGAUCAUGAUUGUCAAACUCCUGGGCUCCGUGCUCAAGGGGCAGGUGGCAAGUGUCAUCAAGAAGACCCUUAACACCGAUUUCCCCUUUCCCUUUGGAUGGGUGACUGGCUACCUGGCCAUCCUUGUGGGGGCAGGCAUGACCUUCAUUGUGCAAAGCAGCUCCGUGUUCACAUCGGCCCUGACCCCACUGAUUGGUAUUGGUGUGAUAAGCAUUGAGAGGGCGUAUCCACUUACACUGGGCUCCAACAUCGGUACCACCACCACCGCCAUCCUGGCCGCCUUAGCCAGCCCAGGCAGCACACUGAAGAGUUCGCUCCAGAUCGCCCUGUGCCACUUUUUCUUCAACAUCUCUGGCAUCUUGCUGUGGUACCCGAUUCCCUUCACCCGCCUGCCCAUCGGCCUGGCCAAAGGCCUGGGCAACAUCUCCUCCAAGUACCGCUGGUUCGCCGUCUUCUACCUGAUCUUCUUCUUCUUCCUGACCCCGCUGGCCGUGUUCGGCCUGUCACUGGCCGGCUGGCCGGUGCUGGUAGGCGUGGGGGUGCCCAUCAUCCUCCUGGUGCUGCUGGUGGUGUGCCUCCGGCUGCUGCAGUCCCGCUGCCCACGCAUCCUGCCCCAGAAGCUGCGGGACUGGAAUUUCCUGCCCACGUGGAUGCACUCACUGAAGCCCUGGGACCACCUCAUCUCGCUGGGCACCACGUGCUGCCAGAGGCGCUGCUGCUGCUGCUGCCGCGUGUGCUGCCGUGUGUGCUGCAUGGUGUGUGGCUGUGCUAACUGCUGCCGCUGCAGCAAAUGCUGUGAGGACCUGGAGGAGGGGCAGGAGGACCAGGGGGUCCCGGUCAAGGCCCCUGAGGCCUUCGACAACAUAGCUAUGAGCAGAGAGGUCCUAGAGGAGGGCAAGGGUCCUGUGGAGUCCCUGGACAUGAAGACCUUGUCCAGCAGCACAGCCUUCUAG